CCCUUGGGAUUACCAGAUUCUACAGGUCUUUUUCAUUGUUGUGUGUAGCAGUUAGGUUAUUGGAUUUCAGACUGGUACAAGGUCAGUUAUUCUUAAUAUCUCAGUUAUUCUUAAUAAUGUCACUCUUUGUUGGGAGAAAAAAUUAUUGCAUUUGGUGCACAUCCUCAGAGAUUAGGUUGCAUUACAUACAUGUAUCAUGAUCAGUGACCCACAUUCGUUAUAUUUCAAUUAUUCUAACAUGCCUCCGAGGCUUUAGGGGCAAAAUUGCAAAUUCUUCACGACUCCAUUGUUUCGCAAUUCCCAGAAGAGACUUAAGCACAAAGAAAACCAAACCAGAUACAUAGAAAAAUGACCAGAAACGCUGGGAGUCAUGUUAUAAUUUUAAUUUAUUAAAAACUGAAUAAUUGGAUAAUGCAAUUUUAGAGCUCUGAUUGGCUUAACCAUCAUGGUAUAUGAGCCAUUAUACCAUGCUUUCCAAAUAUGUUAACUUUACGUGUCUGCUCAAAAUUAAAAAUAGGCUGAAAAUUGGUUGUUUUUACAAAUAAAGUCGGGAAGAAUUCUCGAUAUGUUGUGGGCAUUUUUAGUGAAACAAUUAUUCCACUCGCGCUUGUUGGAUAUGUGAUGAUUAUAGCCAACUCAUAUCCAAUGGCACUUAUGGAAUGACUGUGAAAUAUGGAAUGUUGGCUAUUGGGGAGGGGAAAAUGAAUGCCCAGGUAAUGAUUAGAGCAGCAAACACUUUUGAGAAAGAAUGCAGGUCUUGUGAGAACACCACACCACACACUUAAAAAUUCUAUGUCCUGUUGUUAGUGUUGUUUUUUGUGCCCUUUUGCAGCACAGUACAUUGUGCAGUACAUUGAUUCUACACUUAUGUAGCUGAAGUGUUCUUGCUUGGAAAUAGUUGACUUGCCUUACAUUGUGUGUAAAAAAAUUAUUUUUAGGUUUUUACUGAAAGCUAGCUGCAUGCAAGGAAGACUUUUGUUCAGCUGAAAUUUCUUUAUUUCUUUGAUUUGCAAAGUGCCUCCUUAACCUACAUUCAUGAACCUGAUGGUACACCGUCUACAACAUGGCCAUGGGAAGGUCUUACCCUCAAACGAUAAGAGAAAAUAUUCUAGACUGUAACAAUAAUGAACUUUCUGUUUGACAAAUCUCUGCCAUGUGGAGUUCACAUGUUUUAUUUCAGUGUAGUAUACAUGUAUUGUAGAUAUUUAAAUACUAUACAGGUAUUAGCAACAGCUCCAUAUGUUGAAAGCAACAAAAAUUGCUUUGGAGCACCAGUGAUUGGUGAAAGGACAAAAUAAUACAAGCACUUCUCUGUUUCUUCAUGAGUAGUCUUUAAGUUUAAACGACCUGAAUUAGCUCAAAUUAGAUCAAUUACAAUACCUGGAAAAUCAAAGCCAACACAAUUCUUGCUGCGCAAACAACAGUAAACACUGCAGUUUGGCGAGUGGAUUUCUGGUGCAUGAUUGGGCAGAAAUAACAUUUCCGACAUGGUUUUCUUGGUGGCACUGUAAGCCUGAGAUGCUACAAUAUACAGUGUGAUGAUAAUAGUAAUAAUAACAAUAAUAAAUAAUAUGAGAAAUAUCAAUAAUGACAAUCUAACCCUUUAAAUUGACCAAUCACUACUGUGAAUGUACACUGCUCGUUGAAAGUUAUACAGUGAUAGUGUAUGUUUAUAUUUUUGUUAGAUGCAUCUUGAUCCCAAACCAAAGGACAGUGACUCCGAGGAAGAGGCAAAUGUAGAACGAAAGAAACCAGAGGGAUCUCGGCUUACUCCACAGCGAGAGAAGCAAGUUGGGAACACAAGUGAUGUAAGUUGUUUGCCAAUAAAGGGAGUUUAACCCUUUAAGUCCCAAUAGUGACCAACAUCAAUUUUCUCCUAACAAUAUCCAUAGAUUGUCAAGUGCAACAUCUAUGAGAAUUAAUCAAAUGAUCACAAAGAGAAAAAUCUCUGAUCUUUUAUCAAUUUCUCCCAACUAAUUCUGUAAGAAAAUGUAUAGAAAUCAGUUUGGAGAAUUUGUUUGUGGAUAUUGGGGCUUAAAGGGUUAAGAUACCAUGAUGGUGACAGCAGCAAAAACAUCUUUCAGAAAGGAAACUUGUGUUCUUUCANAAAAAAAAAAAAAACAUCAAUUGAGAGGAGAGCAGCAGGCUAAAAGCAAACAGCAAAGUUGAUACAUCUGGUCCUUUUUUCGUUUUUCUCUCCCUACUUUUUCGUUUCCUUUUUUUUUUCUUGAGUGAAAGGGCACAGUCAAAACCAACAAAACCAAAAAAAAGAUGUAGAGAAGAUAUUUAUAUUUAAUUAGGUUUUGGAGACUCAGGUCAAAAGUCUUAUAUAAGGCAACAAGGGUUCCCAUUUAUUAUUAACUUGCUUACUUUGUCAAAUAUAGACAAACUCUUCCGGAGUUGAAUUCCUAAGAACCACAUCCAAGUUCCGAAAGAGAAAGAAAAUUUUGUUGUUUUUCUGUUUAAAAGUGGGAAAUUAGGCAUUUUAACUACAGUGUAUAUAAUCCUGCAGUGAUGGCAAAGAAACGUACAAAAAGUAUGAUGCAUUUGCAGAGGUGCUGUUUUGCUUAAUUAAACCUAACGCUUUUUUGAUGUUCUUAUUGCUGUUGUUGUCGUAACAUCUUAAACUCCCUUAAACACAUGGCCUGCUGCUGAGAAUUAUUUUAUUUUAAUUUAAAAAAAUUGACCUUUUUUUAGACAUCAAGUAUUAUCUAAAAGUUUCUGUUUAUUAAAUAGGUUAAUGACACUGUACCUAUUGGACAUGUGAAAAUUAGGGCUAGCAAUGGUAUUGUUGUGACUAAAACAUAUAGCACAAACCAAUUAGAGGCUAAUUUGACAGCUGUUAGAUUUUCAUAGAUAUUGCUGGGUGUUAUGUAGCAUUGGAGUUCCAUGAAAGUGGCAUUUGUCAGUAUGUAUUGGACAAUUUCAGUUCAAGUUUCACCAUGUUGUGACACCUUUGUGGAAAAACUUGCAGUGAGUCAUCAUCAUUGGUGUUAUGUAAAUUCCACAUUUCAAUAAUAAUUCAACACCUUCUGUUGACUUUGUUUUCAGGAUAAUUCAGACUCUGCAAGCUCAGAUAAAGGAUACUGGGUAACUCUUUUUACAUUGUUUCAUUUACUUUACUUUCAGCAUACUUUGUAGGAGUAUUAUCAUGGCGCAUGUAAGUGUUUUAUUAUAACCUAGAGCUCUGCAGUAAUUUUCUUUUUUCUUUUUUUCAGUGUGACACAGAGAGUGAGGGUGAGAGGGUAAGUUUAUAUUCAUUUGUUAUUGGUUAAACUAAAAACUUUUAAACAUACUCCUCCAGACUCUGUCAAAUUUGUCUCUGUAAGUAAUAUUUAUUUUGCGUAGCUGGCUUGAUAGUUUUUGGCACAUUAAUUUUUGCGCACAACCCAUCUCAAGUGGUUGUAACAUUCUCUUCAAACAUUAUAAUAAUCAUUACAAAUGAGAAAUUUUAGGGCAUGGUGAAAAUUGCUUUUGGACCAUUGGGAAUUAACGCUCUAUAAAUAUUGUAUAUUGUAUAUUAUUGUAAAAUAAAAGCAUUAAAGUAAACCUUUUUGUUGAAAUUUUUUAUUUUGUUUUUUUACUUUGAAAUAAAUUCAGAAUUGAACUAAAUAAGGUUCUCUGGAGAGUUGUCUGUAAGGUUGCUGGUUGUAGGGGCUGGGCUGGGCUGUGGGUGAAAUGAGCUGAUGAGAAAGGAAGAAACAUGCAUGUGCAUCAUCUUAUUAUUAUUUGUAAAAAAUGUAGCAUCUGAACAAAACAAAAUUUAAACCUGAUACUUGGCCUUAACUAAAUCCUCUGUCAAUUUUUGUUUUAUUCUCUUUGUUGAUCAUUGUAAUUUAUUGUAGUGAACUUUGAUCUUUUUUGCUACGUGUAUUAGGCUAGAUACUAAAUUUAAGGUCUGAUGGGAAUUUACCAAAAUGCAGAUUUUUCUUGUAUGGAUUAAUGAAUUGUGGGGGUUUCUAGACUGGUUCAUUUUGUCAGUCUGUAAGACAGUUGACAAGUUGUAUUUUUGCAGUCGGCUUCAAAUGGUUAGCUUAAAUUAGUUUAAAAGCUGUGAGAAUUGUUUAUAAUAUUAGAUGUGGGUAGCUGGAGUUAUAAUGGCUUUAAUAUUCCAGAUGAGGAUAAGCCAUUAAAACAAUACUGAAUGGAUGAAAAGUUGUGUUUCCUGGUCUAGAAUUAUUCUUGUUAAUAUUCUUGUUAAAUUAUUGUUUUACUAAGAUCAUUAUUUUCGCAACAGGUGCUUUGUUGAUAUACAUUAUUGUAAGCUGCUCUUUAUUACCAGGCUAUUAACCUAUUUUUAAUGUAAAUUAAAUAUGAAUUAAAGUUUAAAUUACAAGAAAACAAAUAGAUUUGUGUUAACUGUGGUAAUUAGAUGGAAUGGUGGGUGUUGCGGAGCUUCAAUUGCUUUAUUAAAAUUUAUUACUUUACAAUUUUUGGUAUUUUUCAGAUGUCAGAGAAUGAAUCUGCAGUGACAACAUCUGCUCAAAGUGGUAAGCGUUUUCUGUGGGCGUGUCUAAUUGGACUGAAUAUUAAAUUCAGCUUCCUUUAAUUUGGACAUGUGAACAGUUUUCUGUACACUGGAAGAGGGAUAUGCACCCAAAAUUUCUGUAAAAACUACAGGGUUUGUACAGUCUUGAAUUCUUGAAAAAAGUGUGGAAAAUGGAAAUAAAAUCUGGAAAGAUAGUAAAAAGUCUGGCGUAUUUUUUCUUUCAAGCUACCUCAAGUGCUUUAUAGAGGAAAUUUGUUAUUAAUUUUUUGGGCUACCUGUGAAUUGAUUAACUGGAUAUUCCACUAUUUAUAAACUUCUGGAACUCCAGUUAUAGUACUGUAAUGUAUUUAGUGUAAUGUAACAUGCCUGAAAUAUCAACAAUUAACCUUCAUAUGAACGUAAAAACAUGAAUAAGUUUCAAGGAUUAUUCUUAAGUCAGGAGAUAGUACGUGUAGAUCUCUUAGUUUGUAAACAAAGUUUCCCUAAGUUUAGUGUUUGUUCGUAAUCCUUGCUUGAUUUCGUAUUUCUUAUAGGAACAUUAUUAAAUAAGACAUCAGUAGCCACAUCUAAACCCGUUUCUGGAGAAAGCUCUGAUAAAGAGGCUGAGAAAAGUACAUCAAAACCCUCAGAAUGGCCAAGGUAAUAACAACCAAUAAUAAUAAUAAUAAUAAUAAUAAUAAUAAUAAUAAUAAUAAUAAUAAUAAUAAUAAUUAAAAUACUUAUAAUUAUAGUUGAGAAUACUUGCCGAUGUUCAUAGCGAGUCUCGCUGCUGCAUUCUGAAUACGUCGCAAUUUGACAAUCUGUGACUUGAGCAAAGCAUACAGAAGACUAUUGAAAUAGUCUAAGCGACUGGUUAUAAAGUCAUUGUAAUUAACUGUUGCAAAUUAAUGUACCGGUAAGCUAAUCAGGUUUGGUUUCAAUCUCUAAAUGGGACAUGUAAAUCGUUGAUAAUAGUUAUUAGCAAUUUUUGAAUAAGUCUGAGUAGGAUGUGAAGAAUUGCACAGAUUGAGGAUAGUGUCAUCCACCUCGAUCAUCAGACACCCUCCUCAAUCUGCAUAAUUCUUCAGAUCAAUUGAAAAAGCUGAAUUCAAUAAUUGUGUUAAAUUACAUGAUUGUAUUAUUCAUAACAAAGACUUCAUACUUACAAUAAUUAAUGUAAGGUUCCUACCUUCAUUUGCCUGCCUUUUGGCAAAAUUAGGAUUUAAAGGGAUGUUUAGCGUAGCAGAUUUUCGUCAGAUAGCAAAUUGUCUUUGUUCAAGUUGUAUUUUCGCUGUUCUUUCUAUGUUUUCAGGCAGUAAUUUAGCUAUUUUUUCUUUGCAAAAUGUGUAAAAUUUUCUGCCAUUUUGCUAGUUUUACAAACACAAUGCAAACUUGUCCGUAGGGCUUCUUAGUUACCGUGCUUGGUUUAAAGUUUAUUUCCUUUUGUUUUAAACUCAUUAUCAUACAUUACCAUAACCUAAAACAAAGGGAAAUAAAAUUUAAACCAAGGAUGAAAUUGAACCACAACAGCCACGCCAUUUCCUGUUGGUUGUCGGGCACCAUUGAUGUAAUUUUUCACCAAAUGUGGAAAAUUUGGCAGUAUUUCCCUACUUGGUUUCCCAAAUGUAGACAAUGGUAGCUGAUUAUGAAGAAUUGGCCAGGGAAUCUAGUCAAUCAGAAACGGGAAAUAUUUUGAACGAAUGAUAACUUUAUUUAUUGUAUUUCUUGUUUAGUUCAUCAACUGUAACAUCUCAGCGCCCCAGCAGCCGCAGCACAAGCACUUCAACAAGCCUCCACUUGGCACUUAGUUCCACAGCUACAACUGCAAGCCACCCUAUGACGCCCUCGUUUGGACACCCUCAUCAUAGCAGCUUGUUCCCACACUUUCCUUCAUUUCAUGCCCAUCCCGGUGCCCUGGGCGGCUACUCUCAUGGACCGGCUGGCGAGUCACCUUUUCCUUAUCCAAGUAAUGCACUUAAUGAUUCAGACACUGGCUUGACACCACCCCACACCACCCCCCUUGGCAAGGAAGGUCAUCUGGAAAAUGUGGAGGUGUAUGGUGGUGUUAAAACCAUGGCUGAAUUAAGCACUUAAAAGAAAGAUUAGGCAAUACUGCACUUGCACUUUCCUAUAAAGUACCUACACAGAGAGAGAGAGAGAGGUUUUUACUCUUUCUCUCAUUAUGGUACUUCAAUAAUUAGAUACUUUUCAGGUACUAAUUAACUAUCGCUUAGCAAUUUCUCAUAAAGUUACCUUAAUAGAGAUUUUUCCCACAGACUCAAUAGGUAGAGCAGCUAAUAAUGUUCAACACUGUGAGGUAUAGCUUUUAAAAAUUUAGUUCAGAUUUCAUUUUUGUAUAUUUUGAGGGUAAAGAAAAUGAAUGCCGAGAAAAAAUAUGUCAAAUUCCCAUUUGGAAAACACUAGAAACAAAAUAUUAACUGAGAUUUCAUUUAUGCGGUCAUGCACUAUAGGAUAUAAUUUCCAGUCUUUGUAAAAGCAAAUAAGAGUGUGCACACACUUAAAAGUACUGUUGGCGAGGUUUCGCUUAAAUCGUCACACACCACUAUAGGAUAUUGUCCAUGGACUCAAAAGAAAGGACCACUUUGUACAGCAACAGCACCUCAAGAAAGUACAAUGUACUGCUUUUGUUUGAUUUAGAUGUUAGGAUUUUGUCCACAGACUCAUAAGUGGGGAGUUUGUCCGGUUAAAUCGAACGUGUUUGAGCUGAAAGGAGAAUAACUGGCCUUAAUAAGACUGAUCCAGUGUAUAUGUAGCACAACUCUUUUUUUGUCAAUCCUGAGACUGAAUAACUCGCCUACUUCAUACAGGUCCUGAACUUCUGCGUCAUGAACUGAAUAAUCGUUUCCUGCAGUCACAUGCAGACAGAGUUCCCCCUGGGCUGAGUGCAUCACAGCUCAUGCAUUAUGAAAGUCAUCAGCAUCAUCACCAACACUUGCACCAACAUCAGCAUCAACACUUCCACAGCAAUGGUACCCCAGUUAUCACUCCACAGGCACCCCAGUCUGUGGUGAGUUGUUAUGUGUGUGAAAUGAUUAUUCUGGUUUAUUUCCUUUAGCAACAGUAUUUUAAUACUUAGAGUCUGUAUUUUACGGAGAAAAGUUGAGUUCCCAAUAUCGUUGACCUGAGGAAGUGAUCAUGUUGUAAACGUAAGGAAAAUUUUAGGAUGUUGGUCGGAUAAUAUUAGAUGGUCAACUGUUAUUUCCGUUUAGCCAUGGCCUGUCUAAGGAGUAGAGGAGUGUUAUGUUGUGCAUGUUCUACGUAAAAACAAGUGGACAGUGGCUGCAUUUCUCUCGCACUGUUUAAUGUAUGCGUAGUUUUUCGACACCGAAAUUCUUCAACAACAUGUACCUUCUCUUUCUCACAUUUAUAUAGGGGAAAUACUUAUUCACAAUUCUCUCGUAGAGGGCAUUCCUUUGACAGGCGACUUCCGAAAACCACUCGCAUUUUGCCAGUUUGCCAUCGUUGAUAAUAGAGAGCUUUAGAUUCGAGGACGAGGGGGACUACGAUGACGUCAUUUAAAUUUAAGUUUUCUCGCCUAUUCUCUAAAAACAGACACCCAGGAAAGCAUCAUUUUACUUUUUUUUCACCACAAAAGUUAGUUUGCUCAUUUCCGUUGAAGGUGGUAAAGCCUUCUCCCGAUCGCUAAAUGAGAAGAAUAUAAGAUUCCUAACAUUUGAUAACUUGUUUUUGCCACUUCUGCAUUCUCCCUAAAACUCGUAGUAGAAUGACGAUGGCCAUCACGUUUCCCGCCAAAAUGACGCUGGUUCACGCGUGAACAGUCGAGCACUACUUAGUGUUGCGAAAAUCUCGUUCUCGUUGUCGAACUCGUCUUACAGUCUAAAGGGCUCUAAAAUUAUGUCCUGGGUCUCGACGGGGCAAUUCGGGGGUGCAGGGAGGGGCAAGGAAAGGGGGAAGAAGCAUGGAGAUUCUGGAUGCAUAUCAUGAUUUUGUAGCAACAUUGUGACUAGUAGGGCAUUAUUUAACCGAUCUAAUUUAGCCUUCACACCCAUCCCACGAAAAAUACGCAGCUUAUUUUUCUUCAUUGUGUCAAGUCACUAUGCACACUUAAAGACACCAAACAGGGACAAAAGCUAAGCCAACAUUUUCUUUUUUUAUAACUUUCUUUGGAUUUUAAUUGAAUUGAGAGUAAUCUAAAAUUUCUUUAGGGUUUUGCGUAAACUCUUGGACUGUUUUUUUGUUAGUUUUUUUUUUAAACAAGCCUUCUUUCCUUGUCUUUUUUUUUGUCGCCAGCUUGGAGUUUCUCCUGGUGGUUCUUAUUUUGCUCCUCAUUCUCCAGUUCCUCCCCCUCUCAUUCAGAAGGUAUUGUUUUUGUGUGAUUGUACUUAAGUGAUAGUAUUGCUUCUCUGUUUUUCUGUUAAACUCAUUGUUUCUGGUCCCUUAUGUAGUGCGAGUGCUUAUGUGCUAACUGUAUUUUAGGAUUCUGGAAGUCUAUGUUGGUGCUCAAGGAACAACUAGGAAUCCUUGGACGCCCUCUCUAAUCCUACUUCCGGCCGCUGUUGGAAUUCGUUAGAAAUUUAUUUAACUGUUCUUUUGUCUCCUAGGGAACAUUUAAGAAAUCUUUCAGGGUAUAAAUGAAAAUAUUCCCCUUAUUUUCUUGACCUCUGUCAAUCCUUUGGGGAAUGUGUCGAGAAAUAAGAGACCCCUUUUCUGUAAGUCAUCAGUGAACAUGACAGAAAUCCACGGAAAAUCACGGUUGUGACGGUCGUUUGGAUACCGUAUUUUCUCGAAUAAGUGCCCUCCCCCGAAUAAGCGCCCCCCUCCCUCUCCCCCCAUCCUUUCCUUACUAAUAGGGAUACAAGGAAAACCUGUUUUUGUUGCCUUUUCGGUGGUAACUGUGUGUGUAAACCGUAUGAUGGACUAAGGUACGCUUGAUUACCAACAGGAAAACUUAAUAAGCUCCCCUCUCGAUCGAGUGCCCACCAACCAACAUUAGGCCAAAAUUUUAAAUAAGCGCCCCGGUGCUUAUUCGAGGAAAUACAGUAUUUAAAGAAGAAUUGAUGGUCAAUUUUAAAGAAGCAGUAUCAAGCACUCCAGAGAGUAUGUUUUUAGUUAUCAAAGCCCUAGCGUCGCCUCUUUUUUUAGGUGGAGUGGUUAGACAGAGUAACAGGGAGGCGAAUCGUGCGUGCUCGCGCGAUCGAUUUUCCCUCUGACUUUCGUCUACCUGCAAAGUUCACGUUCUGGUGCGACCAACUCGAGUUUGCCACGUAGGCUAUGCAUUUGUUCGAAUCUUCUUCAUCGUGUGGUUCAUAUACUCCGUAUCUCGUUUGAUCAGUAAACUGGGUUUUCGUUGAUUCGAAUUUGCUGACCUGUAUAAUUAAUUAAUUUAAGUAGUCAAUAGCUCCAUUAAAACUAAUUUCGAUUUCUCUUCUCUUUAGAAGCCUGGAAAAUGGUGUGCGACACAUGUUCAGAUAGCGUGGCAAAUUUAUUACCAUCAACAGAAGGUAAAAAUUAUUUUAUUGAGAAAAAGGAAAAAACUUGCAGGGUACAUAAUGCCAUUCUACCUGCGUGAGGUUGUUACAGAUUUAUUCUAUUCAUUGGAGUUACUGUAUAGUCACUUGAAAAAUUAAUCGUACGAUUUAAUCAAGAUUGUGGCAGUAAUAGUUUCCUUUUUGGCGAAGGUACGAAUUUAAUCGAGUUUUUCCUUCCACACUGUUUGAAUAUUUUAUAAGACGAUUACAACUGUCCUUGCAAGGCAUGGUAUUUAGAAUCAAAAUUUCAGCGUCGUGUGUGGUAUUGAAUAAUGUCUUAGCAUUUCUAGUGUCUGCAGCGAAUUAUAACCGGGGUCGCCGCAUAAUGGUUGCCCUAGCGUAAAAGUGAUGGCGAUGACUAAAUUGAAAUUUCAACUGUAGGGUAACACUGUUUGUGAUGGAAAAUAGUCAACAAAUAAAUAAAAAUUGUAAGGCUAAGAAUCCUUUUUCAGUAAUAAAUGAGAAAUUAAAUCAUGAGAGAGUUAGCCUGUGAAUACAGCCGUCUGUCCUCGAUUCUCACCGCUGAGGACGUUUCGCUAGCCGAGAUGAGCGAGGAGAAACGGCUGUAGUCGUGGGCUAUGAGAGAAUUUUAGCCCAGUUAGGCAUGAGGCGGCAACAACCGAAGCAGUGAUUGAAUCAGUAGAGAUGAUUCAACUGGUCUGACUGGUUCCCAUAGGAUCUUCAUUUUGAUUAUAUAAUUAAUUUGGGUGCCCUUUUCUUAGAAUGCUAAGAAAAAUUAGUUCAAACUACGUUGUAAGAGUAACCUCUUGCUUAGCGCGCCCGGUGAGUGGCUAUAUUCUACGGUCUUGAGUAGAAUACGCUACUACCUCUUUUCAAAGCUACUCAUAUCUGUUUUGAUGUGUUGUUAUCUUGUCUCACCCGACAGGUUCAGGUUGAAUUACACAAAGACCCUCAUGUAAAACCAGAGCAAGUGUCCAUCAGCAGGUCUGGAGGCUGUCUGUCGUUAUCCACUCGCCCCAGUACUCACGAUGCUCCGCAUCCUGUUCACGGUGGUCCUGGAACAGUGAGUCCAGUUGCAGCGCCUCCCAUUCCUGCAGGUGGUAAGGAAUAUAGUUAUUUCUAGCGUGUGUUAUCACUAAGAUAACUUGUUUUGACCUCCAACAUAGCUUCCUUGUCAGGUGUUUUCAAACCAAGAAUACUCUUAGCUGCUGCGUUUGAAACAUGACUUGUACUUUUAUUUCUUGCACAGCUGGUCCGUUUUUACCGGGAGCUCCCAUACCUACAGCUCACGGAUCCAGUCACGGUCUGGUGGCCCCCUUCAGUGGAGGAUCCAUGGGAAUCGGCUCGGCUACGUCACCCAGUAUGAUGGGUCUAGGGGGCAGCCCUGUAGGAGGACUGAGGUCAGGCUUAGGUGCGUCUAUUUCUAGUCCUUUCAGGAGUACUGCGAGUAGCAGUUUAACUGGCAACUCUCUAGGCCUUGGAUCAAGUUAUGGUGUCACCCAUGGAAUUAAUCGUGAUUGGGGACGUGUGCCGGGUUGGCUUAGCCGCGAAACUGAACGGGAGAAGGAUCGUGAACACGAACGUGGUAGGGAACGAGAACGCGAGCUUGAACGUGAACGUGAGCGUGAACGUGAGCGUGAAAGAGAUAGGAGUCGAGAUCGUGAUCAGGAUAGAGAUAAGGAGAGAGGCAGGCUUGAGUCACCCCACAGAGUUGGCAACUUACUGUCCAGUAAACCCUCGGAGCGAGAGAGGAGUGCAGUUCAUGUCUCCGAUGAAGAAAGUGAUAAGCAACGUGACAGGGAAAAGCCAGCAGAGGCCCGAAGAUCUCCAAGUAGCCGACCUACACAUUCCACCGGCUUUAAUAUCGCUAGUUUGACCAGCACGGAUCCUAAAAGGGAAACCUCGCCAUCAUCACAAGAAAUCAGAGGUUCUUUGGAACGCACUUCUUCCACUUCCGCCUCCUUCUCAAGUAUUAUUUCCGGCAGCCGAAGGGACGAGUUACCCAAGUUAUCCAGCGAAAGGAGAUUAACUGACGAACAUGAACUUGUUGUACUAUCAAGUGACAGACAUAGCGGUGUACUUGGUAAUCCACACGGUGUCUUUACAAGUUUCAUGGACAAACGAAACAUUUACGAAGAACGAGAACGAGCCGACCUUGCUCGACUCGCCGCUCAUCCUCCGAUGGCGCGCCGUAUCGGGGGAUACCCUCCUCCCCAUCUUCAUCCACACCCGUACUCCCUCCCUCAUAGCCACACCCAUCCUCACAUUCCUCCACCUUCUAUCUUCGCCCCCGGAUCCUUAAGUAGCCAUCCGUAUCUUAGUGGUUCCGCCAUGUCAGCUGUCACACACCCGCCAGGCAUCCCGGGAUUUCUUCCCCCGCGUGGAAUGCUGGGAUUGCCUCUGCCUGGCAUGAGACCGCGAAGUCGGAGUCCAGGGGAUGCAGUAGGAAGCGAGCAUGUGCGCACUGCAGACAUUCUCUUGGCUGCGCCUGAUAGGCCAUAA